CUGAAAUAGCAGCCGUGACAAGGGGACUGUGCAGUUAGCUGCCUGCUUGCUAUCAGCAGUUUGGCUUUGUCCAGGCACGGGGUAGGAGAGGAGCAACCAUGGAGAACGUUGAAAUUUUCGAAUCGGAGGGCAAGGGACGGGGCCUGAGGGCCAUUAGAGAGUCCUGGGCCGGGGACAUUAUCUUUGCAGAACCUGCUUACUCUGCCGUUGUGUUUGACAAUCUCUCCCAUUCAGUGUGCCAUUCAUGCUUCAAGAGGCAGGAGAAACUACUGCGCUGCGGACAGUGUAAAUUUGCUCACUAUUGUGACCGGACAUGUCAAAAGGAAUCCUGGGCCAACCACAAAAACGAGUGUGUGGCCAUUAAGAAAGCCGGUAAAGCACCGAAUGAAAAUAUCAGACUGGCUGCAAGAAUUCUCUGGAGGAUAGAGAGAGAAGGAAGUGGCCUCACUGAGGGAUGCUUGGUCUCCAUUGAUGAUCUACAGAACCAUAUAGACAAAUUUGAUGAAGCAGAGAAGGGCUUACUCAUGGAAGAUGUUCAGAAAUUUUUGGAAUAUUGGCCAAGUCAGAGCCAACAGUUUGGCAUGCAGUACAUCUCUCAUAUAUUUAGUGUGAUAAGCUGCAAUGGUUUUACUCUGAGUGACCAAAGGGGUCUCCAAGCUGUCGGCGUUGGAAUAUUCCCUAACCUCUGCCUUGCUAACCAUGAUUGUUGGCCAAACUGCACCGUCAUAUUCAACAAUGGCAAUCAUGAGGCUGUUAGAUCAAUGUUUCAUACACAGAUGAGAAUCGAGCUUCGAGCUCUCGGGAAGAUCAACAAAGGAGAAGAGCUUACUGUGUCCUACGUGGAUUUCCUCAAUCUCACCGAGGACAGGAAGGCGCAAUUGAAGAAGCAGUAUUACUUUGACUGCACGUGCGAGCAUUGCACCAAAAAAACCAAGGAUGCUUUGCUCCUGGCUGUCAAAGAUGGAGAAGACAAGCCAGAAGAGCGGGUUGUGAAAGAGGUGAUACAAUAUUCAAAAGAUACCAUGGAGAAGAUAGAAAAAGCUCGUUCAGAAGGGUUGUACAAUGAUGUGGUGAAGCUCUGCCGGGACUGCUUGAAGAGACAGGAGCCCAUUUUCGCUGAUACCAACAUCUACAUGUUACGGAUCCUGAGCAUCUAUUCCGAAGUGCUCUCUUAUCUGCAAAUGUUUGAUGAUGCCGCAGAAAAUGCCAAGAAAAUGGUCGACGGAUACUUGAAAAUCUACCAUCAAAACAAUGCCCAGCUGGGGAUGGCUGUGAUGAGGGCAGGAGUGACGCACUGGCACGCUGGCAUGAUUGAAGUUGGUCAUGGGAUGAUCUGCAAAGCCUUUGCGAUCCUUCUCAUUACACACGGGCCUUUACAUCCCAUCACUAAAGACUUAGAGGUGAUGCGCGCGCAGACAGAAAUGGAGCUCCGCAUGUUCAAGGAGAAUGAGUUUGUCUAUUACAAGAUGAGGGAAGCAGCUCUGUCCAAUAAGCCCUUCCAAGUCAUGAAGGAACCCAACAGUGAACCAGCUACGAACUUAUUCCACAAAAAGCCACAAGAAGCAAAGUCCUAAGUGCCCUGUUACACAGCCGCCAUCAUAUAUGUGUCGUGCAUCCCACGGUGGCACACAGGGACCCUGGAUAUAUCUCCAUGCCUUGCCGACCCCAGCAGAGCCAACAUUACACGAUAUUGCCAUCGCCUUGCUGUCUAUAACAUCAGCCAAUGCAACUGGGAUAUUAUACCUCCAACUGAUUAUAUUUUCCAUAGGAAACUCACAGUAUGGGUCACAUACAGCAGCCCCCUCCUACACAUGCACACUGCUCCUUCCCAGGGCUCAGGGUAAUAGGGGCAAUGCCAAUAAACAGGGAAAGCAAACCUCCUCUACAACUCCCAGAUGUAGGAAUUAGUUUUAAUAAUAGAAGCAUUUAGGGUUGGACUUGGCCAAUUGGGCAGCAGGAAAAAACCCAGUGGGCCCCACCUACCCAGACCAGAUCCCCGCUGAUCCCUCUCCCCUGAUCAAGCCAAAGAUAAGUAUAAUGUAUGCACAUUCGUGGGGGAAGGUUGAGUGGGUAGUGGGGGGGCCCCUGGGGCGGCAGCCCGAGUGAGCCCUGCAAACCCCAUCCAACUUUGGAAACAUUCAAGGUUUGCUGCUGGUCAAGUAAUAUAUAGCAGGUAGCAUUUACUACAUAUCUGAUUGGUUGCUAUGGGUUACUAGACCAGGGCAAGCUUUUUUUUUUUUUAACUUUUGAUGCACUAAAUUAGCAUGUAUGAAUUUAAAGAGAAAGCCAUAGCUACCAACACACCAGUCACUAGUACUUGCAAUUGAAUGCUGUGCCUGUGUCUUUUGUUAUUUUUUUUGUAAUUUUUUAAAUAUGAAUGUAGUUUAUGAAAAUACAGUAGAUAUAAGGUUUGAAUAUGUAUAUGAAAUAUGCAAUUCUUGACCAUAAUUAGAGUAAAUGAGAUUUGUAUUUGCAUUGAAUUGAAGGCUACCUUUGCAUAAUGUAGUGGAGUUGCCCCACAAACUGCCCCGAUAUAGAGACAGAUGUGCCACGGGGGUGAUGCUCCUGGGAGUGCUGACAGUAGGAGAGUGUGGGGAUCCGACUCCAUGUCUGGCUGGCAGUAUCAGAAGGCAGCAGGAUAUGUUGAAAUAAAUUGGCUCUCAUGGGGUUUUUGUGUACUUUGUAUCCCACAGCUGAGGAAUAAAUGAAAAGGUUUGUAUUUAA